GCCCUGACGUGCAGCGAUGGACCAGAAAAUUCUGUCUCUCGCAGCAGAAAAGACAACAGACAGACUGCAGGCCUUUCUUCAAACCCUGGAGGAAGACGACCUCGCGACUCUCCUUCAGAGCCAGGCGGUGAAAGGCAGAGCAGUUGGAGCCCUCCUGAGAGCCGUCUUCCGAGGCUCCCCCUGCUCUGAGGAAGCCGGAGCUCUUAGGAGACGCAAGAUCUACACCUGCUGCACCCAGCUGGUGGAGUCAGGGGACUUGCAGAAAGAAAUAGCCUCUGAGAUCAUCGGAUUGCUGAUGCUGGAGGUCCACUGUUUCCCAGGACCAUCGUUGGUUGAAUUAGCCAAUGAGUUUAUUGGUGCAAUCAAAGAGGGCAGCCUAACGAAUGGAAAGUCUUUGGAGUUAUUACCCAUCAUUCUCACGGCCCUUGGUACCAAAAAGGGCAGUGUGGCGUGUGGAAAAGAUGAACUGAGCGGGGAAGAAUGUAGGAAGCAGUUGAUCAGCACCCUCUGCUCUGGCAGAUGGGAUCAGCGAUACGUGAUUCAGCUCACCUCCAUGUUCAAGGAUGUGCCUCUGACUCCAGAAGAGAUGGAACUCGUGCUGGAAAAAGUGUUCAAGAUGUUCUCCAAGCUGAACCUGCAGGAAAUACCGCCUCUGGUCUACCAGCUGCUCAUUCUCUCCUCAAAGGGGAGCAGAAAGAGGGUUUUGGAAGGCAUCAUAGCGUUCUUCAACGAGCUAGAUAAGCAGCACAAAGAGGAACAGAGUGGUGACGAGCUCUUGGAUCUGAUUACCGUGCCGUCAGGUGAACUUCGUCACGUGGAAGGCACCGUUAUUCUCCACAUUGUGUUCGCCAUGUCCUUGGACUGUGAACUAGGAAGAGAACUCCUGAAACACUUAAAGGCAAGACAGCAAGGAGAUUUCAGUAAUAAUUAUAUAUGUCCCUUCAGCAUUGCCCUCCUGCUCUCUGUAGCAAGAAUACAAAGGUUUGAGGAGCAGGUGUUUGACCUUUUAAAGGCUUCAGUUUUUAAAAGCUUUAAGGAUCUUCAACUUCUCCAAGGCUCCAAAUUUCUUCAGAAUCUAGUCCCUCAUCGGUCCUGUGUUUCAACCAUGGUCUUGGAAGUGGUAAAGAACAGUGUCCAUAGUUGGGAUCAUGUUACCCAGGGCCUGGUCCAGUUUGGUUUCAUUUUAAUGGAUUCAUACGGGCCGAAGAAGAUUGUAGACGGACAAGCUAUUGAAAGCAGCCCCGGUCUUUCUAGAACACCAAACCAGCAUGCAUGUAAGCUGGGAGGCGACAUCCUGUUGGAGACUUUUAAGCAGGCCUUUGUGGCUCGUGAACUGCUUUCAAACAUCGUCAUGUACUCGCCCUUAGUUCUUCAGAGUUGUUCUUCUAAAGUCACAGAGAGUUUUGACUAUCUGUCCUUCCUGCCCCUUCAGACUGUGCAGGGGCUGCUGAGGGCGGUACAGCCCCUUCUCAAAGUGAGCAUGUCGAUGAGAGACUCCCUGAUACUGGUCCUCCGGAAAGCUAUGUUUGCCAGGUACGUAGCGCCCCGUCUAAUGUUCCUAGCAGCCCUCUCUGCCGCCUCCUCGUACAACCUGACAAGUACUAGGUGGAAACCACUUGGUGCUUUAAGCUCAGGUGAAUGUUCUCACCCGUGCCUUCCUCGGCAGGUCCACGUGGAUGUCCACAGUCGGUACAAUGCUGUGGCCAACGAGGCGUUCUGCCUGGAGAUCAUGGACAGUUUGAGGCGGUGCCUGGGCCAGCAGGCUGACGUGCGGCUCAUGCUCUACGAGGGAUUCUAUGAUGUCCUUCGAAGGAACUCUCAGCUGGCUAAUUCGAUCAUGCAGACUCUGCUGUCACAGCUGAAACAGUUCUAUGAGCCCCAGGCCGAUGUGCUGCCUCCUCUGAAGUUAGAAGCUUGUAUUUUGACCCAAGGAGAUCAGAUCUCGCUACAGGAGCCACUGGACCAUCUGCUGUGCUGCAUUCAGCACUGCUUGGCCUGGUAUAAGAGUAAAGUGAUGCCCGCUCAGCAGGGAGAGGAGAAGGAGGAGGAGGAGGAGGAGGAAGGGUUCUACCAAGAGUUAGAUGACAUGUUGGAGUCUCUUACCAAGAGAAUGAUCAAGAGUGAACUAGAGGACUUUGAACUGGAUAAAUCAGCAGAUUUUUCUCAGAGCACUGGUAUCGGCAUCAAAAACAACAUCUGUGCUUCUCUUGUGAUGGGAGUUUGUGAGGUUCUAAUGGAAUAUAAUUUCUCCAUCAGUAAUUUCAGCAAGAACAAGUUCGAGGACAUCCUGAGCUUAUUCAUGUGUUACAAGAAACUCUCCGACAUCCUGACCGAGAAAGCUGGCAAAGGCAAAACCAAAGCGGCCACCAAAACCAGCGACAGCUUUCUGUCCCUGAAGUUUGUGUCUGAUCUCCUCACCGCCCUUUUCAGGGACAGCACCCAAAGCCACGAGGAGAGCCUGUCCGUGCUGAGGUCCAGCAAUGAGUUCAUGCGCUACGCCGUGGGCGUGGCCCUGCGGAAGGUGCAGCAGCUGAAGGAGACGGGGCACGUGAGCGGCCCCGACGGGCAAAACCCAGACAAGAUCUUUCAGAACCUCUGUGACAUAACCCGGGUCUUGCUCUGGAGAUACACGUCCAUUCCCACGUCCGUGGAGGAGCCGGGGAAGAAGGAGAAGGGGAAGGGCAUCUCGCUGCUGUGCUUGGAGAGCUUGCAGAGGAUCUUCAGCGCCGUGCAGCACUUCUUCCAGCCCCGCGUGCCCCAGUUCCUCCGCGCGCUGGAUGUCCCGGAUAAUGAGGAAGAGGUGGAAGUCACGGUCACCCAGAGGGCAGCGUUCCAGAUCCGGCAGUUCCAGAGGUCCCUGUUGAACUUACUUAGCAGCCAAGAGGAGGAGUUUAACAGCAAGGAAGCCCUGCUCCUCGUCAGCGUCCUCACCAGCUUGGCCAGGCUGCUGGAGCCCGCCUCCCCUCAGUUUGUGCAGAUGUUGUCCUGGACAUCCAAGAUCUGCAAGGAAAACAGCCGGGAGGAUGCCUUGUUUUGCAAGGGCGCAAUGAACCUGCUCUUCAGCCUCCACGUGGCGCAUAAGAGCCCUGUCGCCCUGCUGCGUGACCUGUCCCAGGACAUAUGAGGGCACCUGGGGGACAUAGACGAGGAUGUCGAGGUGGAGAAAACAAACCACUUUGCGUUGGUGAAUUUGCGAACAGCAGCCCCUACCGUCUGUCUGCUGGUUCUGAGUCAGGCCGAGAAGGUCCUGGAAGAAGUGGACUGGCUGAUCACCAAGCUUAAGGGACAAGUGAGCCAAGAAACUGUAUCAGGUGAGACGAGUUCAGGGUCGGGUGCCAGGAGUCGGGAGGAGAGCUGCGUCCACCAGGGUCCAGCCCGGACCACCAACAAGAGGAGCAGGAGCCCACAGUGCCCAGGAGGAAAGAAGAAGAGCGCUGCUGCUGGGGCCGUGGCCAUGGCAAGAGUUCUUCGGGAAACCAAGCCAAUCCCCAACCUCAUCUUCGCCAUCGAACAGUAUGAGAAAUUCCUCAUCUUCCUCUCCAAGAGGUCCAAGGUGAACCUGAUGCAGCACAUUAAGCUCAGCACCUCGCGGGACUUCAAGAUCAAGGGGAACAUCCUGGACCUGCUUCUCCGGGAGGAGGAGGAAGAGGAGGAGGAGGAGAAUGACGAGAACAAAGAGGACACCACGUCAGAGCACGGAGAACAGAACAAAGAACCAGCCAAGAAGAAAAGGAGGAAAGAAACGAAAUGCCUGAGUUAAUGUGCC